UUAAAUCUACUCCCUUGUUUACGCCCUCUCCAGUGCAACCUGAAAUAGUGACACACACACCACUGAAGUCUUGCCUUCAAAGACAGAUUAGUUUAUCCUGCUUAUGAGUAUUAAAUAUUUAUGUCUUUAAGUAUACUAUUUUUGACAGUGGCUUAAAGAGAGAAAAACUUUAUUUUUGUGUAUUGUUGUGCAUCGGUGGUCGAAUGGCGCUCAGUGUUGUGGAUGUAUUGUCCUGGCCUUGGGCUAAAGCGUACACAACAUUCAGUGUAUGUUUACUGACGAGAUGCAUCUACAACCUGUAUGAAGAGGCGAAAGAUCCACUCAUUCAGACCGCUCUAGUGAACAAACUCUCUCAGAACUCACCCGAUGGCAGGAUAGGCGAUGACAAUGUCAACAAUGAAGAAUUACAUUCAACUGUUUUGUGGUAUCAGGCCACGGAUAGCUUCUGUAUAUGGGUCCUUGUGAACACACUGUGCUGUUUUCUCCUGCUGAUGGCAAAAUGUAUCCAGUUUAUUGUGUUCAGUGAUCUCAGAAUGAAUGAAAAACAGAACCUCAAGGGCAAAAUCCGUAACUUUCUAUUCUACAAGUUCAUCUUUCUCUUUGGUGUGCUGAAUGUGCAGACGGAGAGGGAGCUGGCCAUGUGGUGUGUUUGGUGCUCUGCACUUCUCUUUCUCCAGCUCUUGGCCCAGCUCUGCAAAGAUCGUUUUGAGUAUCUCUCGUCAUCCUCCACCACGACUCUGGCCAGCCAUAUGCGCGUGUUGUCGGUGUUGAUGUGUUUGUUUGUGUCCUCUGGGGGGCUCACUGUCAUAUGUGGCCUGUUGGGUUUUUUUUCCCAUGAUAUGCACACUCUGUCCUUUAUGGCAGUUGAAUGCCUUAUGGUAACUAUAUAUAUGAGCCAUGCAAUUCUACGGUACACAAUUCACCUGUAUGACCUGAUCUGUGAAGAUUCUUGGGAAGAUAAAGAGGUCUGUAUUUAUUACACAGACUUUGUCAUGGAGAUGGGUAUUCUUUUCCUAGAUAUGAUGCAUCAUAUCCACAUGCUGCUCUAUGGGAAUAUUUGGUUCUCUGUGGCUGAUUUGAUUAUAUUGACACAUUUACGGUUCUUGUCUCAGGAAAUGCAACACAGGUUACUUCAACACAAAAAUUACCUGCAUAUUUAUGAUGUUAUGGACAUGAGGUUUUCUAUGGCUACAAUGGAAGAGCUGGCAUCUCAUGAUGACAGAUGUGCUAUUUGCUGGGAAAAAAUGUACACGGCAUACAAACUGCCCUGCGGGCACCUUUUCCACAAGUCGUGCUUGCGUGCCUGGCUAGAACAGGAUAUGUCAUGUCCCACAUGUAGGAUGUCUGUAAAUAUGAGUGGCAGUCAAACCAGAAAUGAGCAGGAGGGGGCAUCAUUGUCAGUCAGUUUGGGCCCAGCUGCUGUGGGAAACCCAAACAGAGCUCCAAUCAGUUACCAAAGUCACCUCUUCUAUUUUGAUGGUUCCCAAAUUGCUAACUGGCUGCCUGGCCUUUCAGUUGAAUUUGUGCACUCGCCUAAUAUGAUUAUUCUAUUGCAGGCAGACGACUCACAGGUGCACCAGGAGGAAUAAAUGUUUCCUUAGGUAUAGACCUACCUGAAUGAUCAUUUAUAAAGGUUUUGAAGCCAACAAAUUAAGAAGAAUGUGCCACUGACUGCAUUUCUUGGUGCCUCUCUUGACAGAUGUAAAUUGCUCUCCUGAGCAGAUGUAAAAAGAAUGAAACAUUCAGUUCAAGUUGGUUGAUGACACCUAUAUUAGGCAAGGCAAGGGAAGUUUAUUUGUAUACCUUUUGCACAUUUCAUACACAAUGGGAAUUCAAUGUGCUUUACAUAACAAUGAUUUUAAAAAGAAUUAAAAAAAAUCACAACAAAUGCAUAAGAAAAAAACUAACUGUAAAAGCAAAGAAUAAAAAAUGGUGUUCUAUUAGAAGGAAGACAGUGAAAGUACGGGGCCACUUUGGAAAUGUGCAAUAGACAUUAAGUGUGUUUGUUCAACACUAAUGGGAAUAGUCUGUCGAUAUAAACAAAUAAAUAAUGCUAAAGCGCACACACACUAAUAUAUAUAUAUAUAUAUAUAUAUAUAUAUAUAUAUAUAUAUAUAUAUAUAUAUAUAAAAACAGCCCUUAUAUAUAUUAUAUUAUUAUUAUUAUAUAUAAACAGGUUUUGCGGGACUUUCAUCUACUACAGUGGUCAUUUAUUUUCUUUUUUAUUUCUAAAUAAGUGUUUGCUUUCCUACAUCGUGAAACUUUUAGUUUUUACAAAUGGGGACAAACUAUGAAGGAUGAACAAAUAAUGUUUUAGACAUCACAUUAAAAAUAACAUUCAAAUUGGGCAAUAUUUAUAGCUUUGAAGUGCUGAGAAAAGUUGUGUGAAGCACUUAAAAGCACUCAAACAUUAGACCAUUUUUGCCAAUAGUUAUUUCUGUUAGUGUUACUAUAUUACACUUAUUAAUGGCACAAUGUUUCUCAUGGUUUCCAAAAUUACACAGCGCUGGAAGGAAGCGCUUGAAUUAAAUAACAUCUCUGUGAAAUCUUGUGAGAAGCAUUCACAUUUGUCGCAGAAUUCUCUGUUAAACCACAGAUCAGAUCAAAUAGUUUCCACAUCGGCAGUGGUUUAUCUGAUAUCUUUUUUUUUUUUUUUUUUGCAGUCUAUGGUUUUAACAUUUAAAAACAGACAUGUUCAAAUUCCAAAGCUUGUUACUUGCUGUUGGUAAAACUGACUUACUCCAGGUGACAUUUUGUCAAAACCUCACUUCAUGUACUUACAAUAAACAAUUAUUUUCAGGAAAAAAUCACUGUAAUUCACCAAAAGGUGGGGGCCCCUUAAUAAAUAUAUAUAUAAAUUAGUAUUAUAUUUUAUGUCACUCUUUUAAAUAAUAGUGCACAAUUAUACACAGAGUACUCAUUGAUAGAAAAACAGUUGUACUAUAUAUCAUGUAACACUCUUGUGUUUGAAUUGUGCUAUAAAUAGAGCACCCAGAAAUAAAAAUGAGUUUUGUGUUUUA